CCGCCCCGCGGCGGGAAUCCAUCAUCAGACGCGGUGUGAGCUCGGAGUGAUGAGGAGCAGAUGAAGAUGAUGAAGAUGAUGAAGCUGAGCUCGGAGGAUGUGCAUCAGCUGGACUCAGAUCGGCUCGGUUUGGACUCGGAGAAGAGUAUGUCACCAUGAACCUGACGCUGAGCGCCGAGCCCGGAUCAUUCCUGACCAACAGCUCUCCAGGGAUGCGGGCCAAUCCCGUCACACCGUUCGUACCAUGUGACGUAAAGACCGUCAACGAUUCGCUCCUCAUGCAGGGCUCCAAUCUGACCGUCAAUGCCACUCUGGAGUCUCCAGAAUCACUCGGUGGACACAACAUCUGGCAGAUCGUGAUGAUUGUGUUCCUGUGCGGCUCGCUGUCCUUAGUCACCAUCACCGGGAACAUCCUGGUCCUGGUGUCCUUUAAAGUCAACAAGCAGCUGAAGACGGUGAAUAACUAUUAUUUGCUCAGCCUGGCGUUCGCAGACCUCAUCAUCGGCGUGCUUUCGAUGAACCUGUACACUACGUAUAUAAUCAUGGACCACUGGGCGCUCGGGAACUGGGCCUGCGAUCUGUGGCUGGCUGUUGAUUACGUAGCCAGCAAUGCUUCAGUGAUGAACCUGCUGGUCAUCAGCUUCGACAGGUACUUCUCCGUCACUCGUCCGCUGACGUACAGAGCCAAACGCACCACGAAGAGAGCCAUGACCAUGAUCGGACUCGCCUGGUCCAUUUCCUUCAUCCUCUGGGCACCAGCUAUCCUCUUCUGGCAGUAUUUCGUCGGGAAGCGGACGGUCCCUCCGGGAGAAUGCUACAUCCAGUUCCUCUCGGAGCCGAUCACCACUUUCUGCACAGCCAUCGCUGCUUUCUAUCUGCCUGUCACCAUCAUGAGCGUCCUCUACUGGCGGAUCUACAAGGAGACGGAGAACCGCUCCAAAGAGCUUGCUGGACUCAAGGGUUCGGGGAACCAAGGGAGUCCGGAGGAAUCCCUGCAAAAAUGUGUGGGGAAUCCGGGAAGCUCACGCAGUCACCGCAGUAAUGAGCUCCACCAGAGAAACUCAGGGAGGUGUUUUUGGUUCUGGCCGUUGAGUCGGAAAGCUCGGAAGAGUCACGGCAGCGAGGCGGACCGCAGUAGCAGCGAUAGCUGGAAUAAUAACGAAACUGCCGUGUCCAUCGACCAGUCGGAUGAUGAGGAGGAGGAAGAUGGAGAAGCCGUGUACUCGAUCUCCGAGAACCUAGACGCAAGACCUUGCAGAAAGGGAUUGGAGCCCAAAGCAUCCAAAGAUCAACCCAACGCCAACAACGGCAAACGCUUCGCCUGCAAGGCCAAGACGCAGGUCAACAAGCGCAAGAAGGUCUCUCUGGUGAAAGAGAAGAAAGCGGCGCAGACUCUGAGCGCCAUCCUCCUGGCCUUCAUCAUCACGUGGACGCCGUACAACAUCAUGGUCCUGGUGAACACCUUCUGUGACGAGUGCAUCCCCGAGACGCUGUGGGCUCUGGGAUACUGGCUGUGUUACGUCAACAGCACUGUUAACCCCAUGUGUUACGCGCUCUGCAACAAGACCUUUCGCACCACCUUCAGAUCCAUCCUGCUGUGUCAGUGGAGUCAGAAGAACAAACCCAACAAGCCUCCGCUCCAGCAGAGACAGCCCAAACACAGUCCCACCGAGAGCUAG